UUUAGCACAAGUCAAAAUGCCCCUUCCCUGGGAGGCCCUCAUUCCUUUCGGACUGCUCACGACCAUGUUCGCCGCGGCGGGCACGCUCUUGAAUACGUCCAAGAUGGCCCAGAACCAGGGCAAGCGCCCCCGGCAUAACCUCGACGCUUGGGAUGAUAUGAUGAUGGACCGCGACCGCCGACUGACGGGGCAUAUUCGUGGGCAGAAAUCCGACACAACACCUCCACCAGGAUUCGAGACGAGUAGCAAGUGGUACACGGAGAGUGUGGAGUAGAAGGAUACUGCUGGUGUCUAGAGGAUGUUGUCGUACUCACACAUAAUGCGUGCUUCACGCGACGCGAGGAUUACCUUGCGGUAUAGAGUCGCUAGAACUCGCAUACGUCCAAGACUUGGAAUAGAGCGCAAUGUAAUUUCAGCUGCGUCGCGAAACC